AGAUGAAGACCAUCGGAGCAGCCAUUUUUGUUGCUUUCUUGAUAACCAAUAGCUCGACUUCUCCAACAAUUUCGUUCGAUCGACUUGACGAAGAAUUGGAUGCUUUCAUGGAUGCAAUUGCUCUCGAUAUGGUUCUAUGGCCCAUUAACGAUUCAUUUUCUGAUGUUCUAAUUCCCUCUGACUCUUCUGAAUUCGAGCCCCAAGAAGCGACAAGGCUGGGUCCUUCGGAUUUCCCAAAUGUUGAAGAUCGUGAUAUCUCUGAUUCCUCGAAAGAGCUCAUCCCAACUGUCUACAAAGAGCUGCCCCUCCCAUAUAUUCCAAAUUUUAGCGUUGUAGCUGCUCCGUUCAACACUCCAGGACAUCAGAUCCUUGGCCUCUUGCCAAAAAGUGAACAAAUCACUUCGAAGAUGCUGUGGGUAGACGAUAUUCAAAUUCCCGAAGUCUUUCAACUCGUUCUGGCUCUCCAUGAUCAGCUUUUGUCAGAAUCUUUUCAACCCCUCGUUGUCAUUUUUAAAUCAGAGCCUCUACCAGCCAACGCCCGCAUUCUCAGUUAUACCUUUCCACGACUACGAUCUCCAGGAGGUUUCUUUAACCCAAUCAAUUCCCAUCUUUUAGCGAUUCCAUUUGACUACCAUCAAUUCGCAUCGGCCUCGUACCUAUGUUUAGGUCUCCUUAAUAAUUUCCACCCACUGGCUGAUACCCUUGCCACUCAGAAACUCACUCCAGUUGCUAUUUCCAAUAGCCGGACGAGUAGUCAGCCUUCGUUACAAAGCCCAGUUAUUGAACUGCCGCAGCAGCCUGUCCGUCCGGCCGUCCAUUUGGUAGAACCCGCAGCUGUUGACUUCGUAACUCCGUCGUCACCGCUUCCUCUCGCUCGCUCCGACGAAUCCAUUCUAUUCCGUUCGUUGGAACAGUUCAUUGAAAGAUACCCGAAGACGCCACUGUUUACGGCGCCGGAAAAUUUCCAAAUUUUAACCAUGCUGCCUGAAGACUACUUGAAUUCUCAACAAGAGAGUCAUCCAGUCGGCCUAGUUCCAAAAUCAAUGGCACUUGAGCCGAAUUUUCUUCCCAUGUCAAUUCCGUCAGAUUAUUACAACGCGCAAAAUCCCUGGAACGAAUUCCAAGUCGUCGCCGCGAUGAAUUUGUCGUUCCCCCGUUUCUUUCAACCUCUAAUCUUAAUGAAACCUCUUGACAUUGAUUUGUUCAACAACGGAGUCAAGUUGCCAUUGUGGACCGUCGUGAACGAAAAGGGUAAAGGACAAUCUUCUUAUCAAGUUGUUCUGAUUCGAAACAUAUACGAGCCAAUGCCUGAUAGUCCUUACUUGGUAACGUGCAUCGUCCCGAGGAUCCAGCCGGAAGCAAUAUCUUUAUCCUUCAUCGUCAAAACUCCUCGUUGGAUGUCUAGCCCGGAUGUUCUUGACAACCCAGCAAUUCACCCGAGAGUUAUUGCUGCCACCAGUACGUCUAAAUCGUUCAUUGAGACAGCGAAGGCAUCGAUUCCCGCUGUUAAGAUGUCGGAGCCAUCAGACCGUGAGAGACGAAUUGAAAAUAUUACUACUCCAAUUGGAAACCAAUCAAACCGAGCCCAAGGCAAGUCUCUCCCAUCGAAGAAAUCUUGGAAAAACCGUCCAUCUUAUGAUAUCGAACCAUCGGUCAAAGUGGUUAAACGAGAACCUUCUAAGACUCAACGUUCCAUCUGGUCGUACUUUGGCUUCUAAUGUUGAUAGGGGCCUACCAUGUGUGAUAAUUUUGUAACUACUAAUGCGCUUUAAUUUAUUGUUGUGUUCGAGGAGUGAAU